CCGGGUGAUGCCCUCAUCCCCUUUGGGACACAUGGAGGCAGCUUGGCCCAUUGCGUGCGGGACGCUGGAGGACAGGACCACCUCCCAAAAGCCAGCUCCAAAGCUCCUGCCACUUCCAGAGCCAGAGCCAGUGCCAGCCCCCGGGCUGGAGCCAGCUGCACCUCCAGUCUCACCACGUGUGGUAGAGCUGGAGCCAGCAGCCCCUGAGUCGGCCACUCCAGGACCAGAGCAAGGGCCACCAGUAAAGGCAGCCCCAGAGCCCAGCUGCCCCUGGGCCGUGACCACCGAGGACCAGCUGUGGGAGGAGAAGCCGAACAUCUUGGACUUCCCUCCCCAGCUGGUGGCAGAGCAGAUGACGAGGAUGGCUGCAGUGAGCAGAGGAGCUCGCCGGGCGGGUGGCCCCUGCCUUCCUGGUGCCAUGAGCCACCCCACACCUGCCAUUCCCUGCUCGGGAUUCCGAUGAUCUGGGUCCAAAUCCCUGCUCCCUCCCUUAUCAACACUGUGACCUGGGAAGAUUUCUUUCUCCCCAAGCCUUCGCUGUCCCCUAGCGAACAGGGGACAGUAGAGACGGACACUCAGCACCUGCUGUAUAGGGUGGCUGUGCCGAUG